CUUUUUCACUCCUUUUUGAAUUGACAAUUCCAUUCCAUUCCUUUUCUUCGCUCUCCUUUCAUUCUCCCUCACUUUCUUUCUCUCACACUUACUGACACAGCUGUAUUCGCAUACUCACCCACAUAUUCAUAUUCAUAUUCAUAUUCAUUCAUACACAUACAUUUUCACACACACACACACACACACACAAGCAUAUUUAUACAUAGCAACAACCAUGUCGGCUACUCCAAAAUAUGCCGCCAAGAGCACACUUCGCUCAAUUAAAAACUUUUCCAAAGGCUAUACAGACAUGCAAGCCAAGGUUCGAGAAGCAACCUCAAACGACCCUUGGGGACCAAGUGGCACACAGAUGAAUGAACUCGCUGCUGCAACCUUUAAUCAGCAGGCUUUUCUUGAGAUUAUGGAGAUCUUGGAUAAGCGCAUGAAUGACAAAGGCAAAAAUUGGCGACAUGUUUUCAAGGCCUUGACUGUUCUUGACUAUCUACUUCAUGUUGGAUCUGAGAAUGUGGUCCGAUAUGCCCGUGAAAAUAUCUAUAUCGUCAAGACUCUUAAAGAGUUCCAGUAUAUCGAUGAAGAAGGAAAAGAUCAAGGAUCAAAUGUGCGUCAGAAAGCCAAAGAUAUUACAGCCCUACUCUCUGAUGAGGCUCGAUUGAAGGAAGAGCGACGGUCUCGUAAUGCUAUGCGUGACCGUAUGAGCGGAAGGACAUAUGGAGACGAUCAUUCACCUGUCUAUGAGCGUCCUGGAGCUAUCGAUGAUGAUCGUGACCUGCAGCGUGCGAUCGAGGAGAGCAAACGUACCGCACGUGAAUCCAGCCAGCGCAAAAGUGAAGAAGACGAUAUCCAAAAAGCACUUGAGCUGAGCAUGAAGGAGGAGGAGGACAGACGAAAGAAUGUUGAAAAAUACAACCAACUUUCAUUGACAGAAGAUUGGGAAGCAGAUUCAAAGCCAGCGAAUCAGUUUGAGCAGAACAAUUUUGACUUUUUCGGUAAUGACUUUGGCGGCCAAAACAAUAAUAAUGGGAACAAUCUUGAUGCUUUCUCUUCCAUGAAUGGCUUCAAUGGCAACAACAAUGCUUUCCUUCAACAGCAACCCACUGGAAUGAACAACCCCUACCUUCAGUUCCAACAGCAGCAGCUUCAGCAACAACAACUUCAACAGCAAGAAUUAAUGCGCCAGCAGAUGUUGGAGCAACAGAUGCAGCAACAGCAGCAGAUGGCAUUUAUGAACUCGAUAAACAACCCAUAUCAACAACAGCUGAUGGUCCCUCAAAUGACAGGAACACCUACAAUUGGAUCCAAUAACCCAUUCAGUGCUUUCGCUCAAAAGCCUGCCAUGACGGGACAACCCUUCAAUUCGAAUGGCAUGAGUGACUUAAAUAAUGGCCUCAAUAAUAAUAAUGGUUUGAAUAGCAGCAUGAGCAAUGGAUUUGGUAACAAUGGAUUUGGCAGUAAUGGGUUUGGCAGCAACAGUUUCAACAGUGGAAGCAAUACCAAUAGCAGUAGCAAUAAUGCCAGCAACAAUAAUCCAUUGGGCGAUCUUGCUUUCCUCCAGAAUACCAUGACUGGAUCACCUGCUGCUAACAAGGCUACUAUAGCAAAGCCAUCUAAUCCAAAUGACGAGAAAUACUCUGCGUUAGCUAUGGCACUUCAAAACCGCGAAGAUGGCAUGGAUACUUUUGGAAAUACAGGACAGCUUCGUAUCCCAGCUCACCAUAGUUUCGGGUUAGGCAACCGUGGAGCCAACAACAUAGGUGGAGGAAGUGCAGCCAAUCCAUUCCAAGGUUUCGGAGGCAACAGUAACACCAGCAACUCGUUGAUCGACGUUGGUGAUACCUCGCUUGGUCGCAGCAAUAGCAACAACCCUUUCCAGGCGCAGGCGACUGGCUUUGGCAACAAUAACACCUUUGGACAGUCUACAAACAUGAACGGCGGAGCUUACAGCAGCAACACCCUGUUUUAAGGAAACAGAC